AUGGAUUACAACAACAGAGCUGGUACAACUGUGUACAUUGAGGUCGAAGAAUUUGAACCGACCGAGGAGCAGCCACACUCCUACUGCCCUUCUGCAAUGGAUGGCUACAACCGUGGCUCUGGCACGUCGCUCCAUUCCGCCACUCUUUCCACGUCCAGUCCUCCCCCGGCUCCUCGCAAUUCUCCGAGCUCCGCGACCACCUUCCACCAGACAUCGCCGACGUACUGCCCUCUGCCGCCGCGAUGGGUGCCUACUUGUACAUCUCCAGUUAUCCGGGGCUCCAGAUCUCCGCAGCUUCCCAUGUCUCCGAUCUACAUACUUGGAACACAGCAAUGGACCCCCACCUCUCCCACUUACAGUCCUGCGUCUCCCGACUGGAUGUCGCGUUCCAAUACCCCGUUGCCCAGGUCUCCAGUUCACACUUGUGGUUCUCCUCCGCUUCCUAUGUCUCCUGUCUAUGCGCCUAGUUCUCCUGACUGGGCACCCACAUCUCCGGCUAACCCUUCUGCGUCUCCAAUUGGGCCCCCCCAAUUUCCUGAGCAUAGGUCGGGAGGAGCAUCGCCGGUUUACGGUCCCACCUCUCCCACCUACAGCCCUUGGACUCCGCCACGCGUUCCUCGAUCUCCCUCCCCCGAGCUUAUGCAUAGUGAAGCAUCGCCGGUAUACUAUCCUAUAUCCCCUGGACCUCCCGGGUAUACGCCUGGCGAAGCAUCGCCGGAGUUCUACCCUACAUCUCCAACAUACAGCCCUUGGUCGCCGCUGUCCGGAGCUGAAGAUCCGAAAAAAUUCUGGCCUACAUCGCCUGGGCACCGCUCUCGGGAUUACAUCCCGCAUUCUCUUGAGUCGAUAGUCGGGGGCACAUCCCCGAAAAACUACUAUCCUCCAUCCCUCGGACGCGUCCCGCAGUCACCACCGUACGUUCCUCGACCUCCUAGUCCCCAAUGGGCGCCUACAUCGCCGACGUACAGCCCUUCGACUCCGCCACGCGUUCCUCAAUCUCCUGAGCCGGCGUCCAGAGGUACAUCUCCGGUAUACUAUCCGACCUCGCCGACCUAUUGCUCUUCAUCGCUGUUAGAUGAUCCUCGAUCUCCUGUGCGGACAUCCAUCGGUUUUGCGGUAGCUUUUGGGUCCGCGUCCCCUCCUCCGGUUCCCAGCUCUUCGGCACAUACCCCUCAAUCUCUCCAGUAUGCGCCUACAUCCCCUCAACCGGUCUCAACACAUCCAAUAUCGCCCUCAUACUACCCUGGGCGUCCCGUAUUGGAGCCUACGUCUCCACCUCCGGGCCGCUUGUCGCCUUCGUCUCUGGACAGACACAGUCCUAACUUUGAGGAGAUUGAGCGUGACCUCGAAGGUUGGAGGGGUCAAGGUCGUUUUUUUUACAACCAGGCCAGUUCGAUCGUGUCCGAGGAAGAAGAGCGGAGGGAGCGUGGUCAGCGAGAGAUUUUGACGGAACCGUUUCCUGAGUUACCUGAUUGGGAGUGGACUGAGGAUAUGGCGAUGGACAAGGAGGAAGGUGAUCAGGUACAGGAACCUGCCGCUGCGGUUCCGGACGAGGAGGAACUGUCUGAUUACGAGCACUACGAGCAAAUAGAGCAGGAGGAGAACGAAAAUAUGGAGAGGGAUGCAGAGGAUGAUCCGCAAGAUGUUCAGGCACAGCAGCCUUUCACUGCCACUGUCGAUCCAGAGGAUGACCUUCCAGACUACGAGUACUACGAGCAACUUGAUGAAGAGAUGGAGACAGAAGCAGAGUCUUUCAUCCAGCAGGAUACGCAACCUUCCGAUGCCGAGCUCUACCGUUCCAUUUCAGCAAUCGACCAGACGCUCUCCCCCUCCUCUUCCGCCGAUAUCUCCGGUGUCUCCAUGACGCACGACACCAAAGAAAACCCCACCAAUAUGCUCCCUCGCUCCUCCUCCCACAGCUCCUUACCCCUCGACCGCCCCUACUACCCAGCUUCCCAGAAGCUGAUUGGCCAACGCAAGGUUAGGAAACCUCAAAGGGUUGACAGGAUGAUAUGGAACAAGGUGAUGCAGAAGAAGAUGGCGCAUCUGAUCAAAGUAUGCGAGAAGUACGUUCCCGUGGAUGUGCUGAAGGGGUUGCAGCUGGGUCAUUGA